AGUUGACACCUGGAUUUUAACGACACAUACAAACCACCUAACCUCAAAAAUCAUUGUUUUCAAACAAAUUUUAUCCAAGUUUUCUUUGUGUACGAUGUCAGGAAAACGAAAACGCGUUGUUGGCGAAGACAGUGAUAAUGGUAAAAAGGUGAAAAGUAACGGUCAUUGGCAAAAUGGGUUGUUAAGCGCUAUGGAAGAUCCUGAACUAAUAGUACAAUCGAAUCCCAAGUUGGUUGUUAUAAAAGAUAAGUUUCCGAAGGCGGAAUUUCAUUACCUUAUAAUUCCGCGUGAAGAUAUUAAUAGUUUAAAAGCCGUCGAUCAGUCUCAUGCAGGAUUAUUAAAGUACAUGCAUAACAUCGCCCAACAAUUGGUUGAUGAACCAAGACAUAAAAGUCGAUGUUUUAAAAUGGGUUAUCAUGCAGAAGCGAGCAUGGCAAGGUUACAUAUGCACGUUAUUAGUGAUGAUAUGAAUUCGCCUUGUUUAAAAACAAAGAAACACUGGAAUAGUUUUACAACUGAAUUUUUAAUGGAUUCUAAACUAAUAUUGGAAGAUGUGGAAAAACAUGGAAAAGUAAAAGUAUUUUCAACAGAAUAUUGCAAACGGCUAAUGGACACUCCAUUGAAAUGUCACAAGUGUGAUUUUGUUCCGAAAACAAUGCCAGAUUUAAAAAAACACAUAGUGAAACACAUAACAAAAUAAUAUUGAUAAGAAGGGUAUUUUGUAUGAUUGUUUUAUAUUAAGGCAUUAUUGAUAAAAACAGAAAAAUAGGUAAUAAAUGAGUUUUUGUGGA